AUGAGUUGCGAUUGUGUUCACUUAAGAUCUGAAUUAGAAAAUAUUAGAAACAAAUAAUCGAUUUUGUUAAAGGACCAUUAAAUGCAAUUAGAAUUGGUAAGAACAAAAACUAAAGAAUAAUAUGAAAGCCUAUUGGAGACUCAAAAACAAGGAUUUCUGGGAGUGCAAAAAAUAAAUGAGUAGGAAAUUAACAAGUUAAAAGAAAUAAUAGGAAUAAAAAAUGCUGAAAUAGAAACGCUAAUUCAAACCAACUCAAAAUAUAGAGCUCAGUUAAAUCAGGAAGAAUAAAUUAGCACCUUAAAGAUCUAAAAUCUCAAGAAGGAAUCACAAGACAUCCUCUCAUUGAUCAAUAAAUACCAAGAGGAAAUUAAUUAGCUAAAGUCAGAGCAGCCUCAAAGGGAGGAUUUGCUAAACGAAUAACAUUAAUUACGCAUAGAAGAGAUUUAGAGCUAUUACUCAAAACUAUUAAAGCAACAUGGAAAAGAGAAGUAGGAGGUCCUUAUUAAAAUCGAUGAAUUAGUUCAAAAAGAAAAAAAGCUUAACGAAUAAAUAAAUAAUCAACUUUCAUAAAUUUAAUUGUUAAAAAUAGAAAUAUUAGAUAAAACAUCAAUACUUGAUUAAAAUGAGAAGGAUAUUUAAAAAUUGAAGGCAGAACUGUUCAACCUUUAAAAUUCAUAGGAAUAGAAUCUUAACGAAAACUAACUGUAAAAAAAGUCAUUAAAAAAUAACUAUGAUAUUAUUGUUUAGGAAUAUGAGAAUGAAUUAGAAAUUUAAAAAAGCUAAAUAGCACAACUUCGUACAUCUUUAGAAUAAGUAACCCAUCAUAUUUAAGUCUAGCUCACAAUGAAGUGCAAUGAACUCAAGGAGGAAACAUACAAGUAAAAUUUAAUAAUUUAAUCUUAAAAUAAUACGAUAAGAGAAUAAGAGGUGUUAUUAGAUAAGUUAGAAGUGCAUUCCCAAACCAAUAAUAUGUAAUUUAGUCAAAUGAUGGAGAACUAAAAGAAGAGGUUAGAAUAGGCUUACUCAUACCAAUUAGAUAACUUAAAAAAAUCAUUCUAAACAUAAAUUAUUUUGCUAUAAUAGUAAUAAGCUGAUGAAAGUCUAAUGGGAAGAUAAAAGAUGAUAAGAAGAAGUAUUGCUGAUCUCUGA